CGACAGUGAUGUGACACUGUUAUUGUGGACUUCCAGUUCUUUUUAGCCAACGCGUUUACUUAAAACGAGAGAAACUAAACACUUGAGCGGUUAACUUUAACUAGGGUGACUAAGAUUACUGACGACUGCUGAAAAGAGCCUCAGUAAAGGUCGUGACUUACUACUGAGGAAGAGUUUUGUUUCAGCUGAAAAUGGACGAUAACAGGGAUGCCAAUGAGAGCAGCCCACUUUUGGACCCAGGGAACAGACCUUCACCACUGUCAGUGUUCCAGGGAAGGAGACUAGCAUGUGCUGCCAUCCUGCUGGCUGAAUCCUUGGAAAGGGUUGCAUUUUACGGCAUCACAGCUAAUCUGGUACUUUUUCUCAACAACAGCCCUUUUUACUGGGAGGGUACCCAGGCCAGUCAGGCACUUCUGACAUUCAUGGGAAUAACUUACCUGAUUUCACCAUUUGGAGGCUGGCUGGCAGAUGCAUACCUUGGGAAAUUCUGGACUAUUGCUUCAAGUUUAAUCCUGUAUUUUACUGGCAUGCUAUUUUUCCCUUUUAUUUCAAAAGAUGACACAAGGAUAAAGCUAUGUGGAGAAGAGACAUCGUUUCCUGUGCAACCUGCUGAAUGUCUGAACAGCACCACUCCAAAAAAUGUAGAUUGCCCUUGGCGCAGCCCAUAUUGUGGCUCAGUAGUCUACGGUGGACUGGUUUUAAUUGCACUUGGUGUUGGUACUGUAAAGUCUAACAUCACUCCUUUUGGGGCAGAUCAGGUCAAAGACAGAGGACCUGAGGCCACGCGCAGAUUCUUCAACUGGUUCUACUGGUGCAUUAACUUAGGCGCUAUCCUGUCUUUGGGAGGUGUGGGAUACAUCCAACAGAAUUACAGUUUUGUGCUUGGUUACAUCAUCCCAGCAGUGUGCCUCGGGGUGUCCUUCCUGGUCUUUCUUCUGGGACGUGCCGUUUUCGUCACUAAACCCGCUGAUGGCAGUGCCUUCUCAGAUAUGGUCAAGAUCCUUUACUUUGCCUGUUGUUCACAGAAACCAAAGGAGCCAAACUUGCUUCGAAAUAAACCAACCCUGCUCGAUACUGCAAAAUUGACCUAUGGAGGGAAAUUUCCAGAGGAGAAAGUAGAGGAAGUGAAAUCAUUAGUGAAAAUUCUGCCAGUUUUCUUUGCCCUUAUUCCAUACUGGACAGUGUAUUUCCAGAUGCAGACGACAUACUUCCUACAGAGCCUCCAUCUGAGGAUUCCUGGUACACCAUCAAACAUCUCAGUGGACCACACCCAGAUGAAUUUCACCUUCCCAGCUGCCUGGCUUACCAUGUUUGAUGCAGUCCUCAUCCUCAUGCUCAUUCCUCUUAAAGACAAAGUAGUGGACCCCAUCCUGAGGCGCCGUGGCCUGCUGCCUUCCCCUCUGAAGAGGAUUGCAGUGGGGAUGUUCUUUGUUAUGUGGUCAGCUGUGGCAGCAGGUAUUUUGGAGACUAAACGCCUUGAAAUCGUUAAAUCGAAUGGUACGAUAGACCAGGUGCUUGGUGAAGUUGUCUUCCACGCUGCAAAUUUACCCAUUUGGUGGCAAGUGCCUCAGUAUGUGCUGAUAGGAAUCAGCGAAAUCUUUGCAAGCAUUGCAGGUCUGGAAUUUGCCUAUUCUGCAGCCCCGAAGUCCAUGCAGAGUGCAAUUAUGGGGGUUUUCUUUUUCUUCUCUGGGAUUGGCUCGUUUGUGGGUUCCGGUUUGCUGGCCAUCGUGUCUCUCAAGGGGAUCGGUUGGAUGUCGUCCCACAGAGACUUUGGCAACAUCAAUGACUGCUCCCUGCACUACUACUACUUUCUCCUGGCGGGCAUCCAGGGUCUAACCUUGCUCGUCUUCCUCAUUGUUUCUGUCAAGUAUGACAAGCAGAAGAGCAGAGCAGGAAGCCAGCGACAGAGAUACUCCUCCUCUUGACCUCAGCACCAACACAUGCCUUCUCCUGUCACAAUGCCAAAAGAUCCUGUCAAACGUGUAUUUACUUAUGACCCUAUAGCAAUCUGGAUUAUUUUUAUAUCAUGAGUAUACACUUAUUUAUGCUUUUUUUUUUAGCUUUUUGAUGUAGUUUAUUUCACCUUUCUCAUAGAGUGGUUGUUUAAAGUUGACUGAGUGGGUUUUCAGGUACUGCUGACAGAACAGGAACUUCAUAAAUGAUUUCCGCUGUGUUCCUCUCCUGCUGUGUUUAUUCCUGUUGCCAUUUUUGACCAUUUGCACUUAACUUGAGAAAUGGUGCCAUAACAAUGUGAAAUGUUCAUGUUUUCUGAUCAGCUGACUUGUUUUUAUGUAUUGCUUUUUAGUUCGUCCUCAUAAAAAGACAUUUUAUACCUUAUAUCUCAGUCUUUGCGAUGAUGUAUACGUUCACUAAUUAAUUCUGUAAUUCUAACAUGAUUUACUGUACUGAAUGUCAAAUUAAUUUUGACAUGAGGACCUGCCUGAUGGCAGCUUCUCAUGUUAAAACUAUUCUCUGAUUAGAAAAUAAUUAUUUGAGUAACUAGAACCCUAGAGCACAAACUUUAAAGAAAUGUAUACCAUUGCUUAGUAAAUAACAGCACUCCCCGUAUUUGUUUAGUUAUUUCUUGGUGGAUUUUUUAAAAAGAAGUUUUUGUUUUGCUGUAUUUAUACGACUGUGAUGCAUUUGUCUUAGUUUUAUACUGUCGUAUAAGAAUGAGUGCGUGUGUUCAUGUGUGUUUUGAAAGAUUAUGUAGAGAAGGAGUUACAAAGUUGUAUUAUGAGGACAUUCAGGGCUUCAGAAAUUACAUGACAUAGUAAAGAGAUACUGCAGGAAAUGUACUACUGUCUUUGGAAGCUCACAGCUGUUUAUUUUUACUGAAAGUAAAGAUGCAGUAAAAAUAAAUGCACAUAUAAAGCAAGAGUUUUACCUCCUUUUACUGAUGGUAUAACAUGGCUGUUAGAAGGAUUUUAGUUUGUGCAUUUGAUUAGAUAAAUCUAUUUUUGGUUUAACUGUGCAUUUUGUUAGUGCCUUUUUCAUCUCAUUCUUUUUUAGAUUAAUUGCAUUGCAUUUACUUUAACGUUAUAUUUUGCAAAUGGUUUAGGACUGCAAUAGUGUGUUAUGUUUCUAUUUAUGCCCAAUAAAGUCUAUUUACUGGA